AUGCUCUUUACAAUUUCAACAUGUAUUUCUCAAACACGUAAAUGGACAGCAGAUAACGAUGACACUGAUUUGGUGUUUUCGAGCGAAGCGUCUCAAUCAGCGUAUACUCAAGCACUUAAUUAUCGGCGUCGCCGGCUGUACCAAGAUGCAAUUAAUGCGUUAGAAACUGUUAUUGAAUGUGAAGUCGACUCGGACAAGUUGUGGGCUGAACUAGCGCUAACCCAAUUUAUGCUUUGGGAAGCAUACGUUAGAGCAUUGCACACGCCGUCCAUCAUAGUCAUUUCGUCGACAAUACAAUCAAAGCGAUUGCGUGGGCAAAAUGCAGUGGUCAAACCACUACACAUUGUACUUUUACAGGAGGCUUACACGACAUUACUUAUAGCAAUGGAGUAUCCGAAAAACAAGGGCAGUUUAGAAUUGUUGUAUCCACUCGUGAAUCUUUACAUCGAGUUCGGCUCGUAUCGGGGCGCACUAGCCGUUUGCACACUUCUUGUUGAAGGAUAUCCGUCAUCCUCUCGCCUAAAUGAAGCUAUUUUUUUAUCAGCGCUGACUGCAUCAGCAUUAAAUCGCCAUCGAGACAGUGCGCAAUACUUUCAAUAUUUGGCUGAAGGAAAGGGAACCUCUUCACAAAUUCCGCAUCGCCUCGGAGCGUAUCAACUCAGUUUGCUGGCAGCACUGGAGCUUUCACAUGUACCAAGUAUGGGAGCGCUGGAGCGUGAGACUUACACUCAAGCGUACAAAGCACUUAUUGCCCUGCCACCCGUGUUACCAUCGGAGAAGACAGUGCACUUUUUGCUUAACACAUCGAGGAAAAAUCAAGAGCAACGCACAAUACUUUGGUACCGGGACGGUCAGACUUGGUUAGACUUAGCGGAUCGACUUGCACCGUCAGCCAAUGCGCCUCUUUUAGUUCUUUCAGUGCUACGUGAAGCUUGCCAAAGGAUAGAAUUAGCACCGAGUAACCUUCCUGCUCCUAGCCUGGUUUUAGAAGUGCUCGUCAUGAGAGCCCAUUUGCAGGCAUUCACACGACGAAUUCGGAUAUUGGCAACUUGGCGUCUUGGGGUCGCCUAUGUUCUGAAGCAGCGCCGCCAUGCGAUGGCAUUACGCAUUCAAUGCGCAUGGAGAGAAUUUAAUUGGCGCCAGGAAAUUGCACUCUUGCGCGUGCAGCAACAGCAAAAAGAAGCGCUUGCAAAUGCUGAAAUGGGUAACCAGGACGACAGGACGAUUGAAAAACACUUAGAUGCCGCAGCAAUGAAGAUUCAAUCAUUGCUUUAUAUCAUCCGAGACAAAGGUAUUGUACGAGCGCUUCGUGCGCGGAAGAUCAAGCGCAAAAAGCUUAUUGAAGGAUUUGCUGUUCGGUACUUCAAACUUGUUCGGCUUCUAAGUUUCCGUUUUUGGUGCAAUUUUGCUUCCGUUCAACGUCAAACGCGUCUUCAUGCUUGUGUACUCAUUCAACGGCAAUUUCGAGUGUGGUGCAAUCGCAAAUCCUGUGCUCACUUGCUUCUUCGUCGUUCGCAGCGUUUUCGCAUUUUACAAGAAUGCCUUGUCCGACGCUCGACAUCACUUCUAUCACGCGUGUUUCAAGCUUGGCAUCAAAUCCUUCUGAAGGCUAAAAGCCAGCGUCUAUGGGGCGUUAAGCUUAUUCAGAAUAAAUGUCGGUCAAGGAUAGCAGUCCUACAAUAUCACGCCGAGUUACGACGCCAUCGGAUCGCAAUCGAUACGAUGAACCGCUUGCUUUUGAAACGGAAGCGAAAGUCGCUUGUACAUUUUUGGCGUGCACUUUCGAACAAUGCUCUCGCCAGGCGCCUAGAGCAGCGAGGAGCAGCUCAGACAAUCCAAAAGCAUAUGCGGGGCGUUCUUGCCCGUAAGGGAUAUAACCGACUUCGUAGACGUCGUCGACGAGCUCUCAACGCACUUGCGAAGAUAAUGCGCUCUUGUGACUCUCAGCUUUUGCAAACAGGGUUUAAAUUGUUGCAGCAGCAUGUUUUAGAAUACCACAGAGUAAGGUACAAUGCUGCUAGAUGCAUUCAAAGGCUCUUACAAGGAUUUGAGGCUCGUCAAAAAUUACAACGACGAUGUCUGGCACAAACGCUGGUAAUUGGGAUUGGUACAUCUGGCAAUGGUCUUAGAAGCCAGCCCUCGAAAAUCAAGUUGUUGGCAUGUUUGCUUGCGCUGUCACAGUACAUCUUGCAGCGGGAUGCUGCAUUAGUACAGGUGCAACGGUGGUGGAGACAUCGGCGAUGUAAAUUUCGACUUCUUCGAGUACUUCAUAAGCGUACGGCGCAACGGUGGUUAAUUGGCAGACUGCAACACAGCUUUCAUAUGCUUGCUCGAGCUUUGUUUCGAGAACUCCGGACAUUGCGCGAUGCCAGAAAAGCUCGGCAAUACCUUGCAGCAACUAAGAUUCAGUGUCGACUACAGUGCUGGUUGAUCCGUCGACAUUAUCUAAGCAAUCGUGACAGACGUUUGGUUGCUGCUCAACGCGGGGCAAAGGCGGUAAAAAAAUAUAGGGUUCAACAAAUGCAUCGAUGUCUUAAUGGAUGGAAAGAGGCUACACGAGUGUUGCAACGGGAGCUGCAUGAGGCAGCUUGUAUUGUACAGCGAAUAUUCCGUCGUCGUCAUGAGCAGCGCCGAGCACGGCGCACGUUAGCCAAAAUGAGAACACAAGCAGAGUUCUUGGCCGCAGCCUUACAGAAACCGUUGGUGCGCUGUUUUCGUCAAUGGGAGGUCGCAGCUCUGCUUGAAAAGAGUAUAUUGCGUGUACGUAGCUCGUCGGUAAUCAAAUCAUUAAAGACUGCACCGGCAAGCCAUAAGCAGAAGCAGGGCAUUAUCUCUGGAAGCAAGUUUGACAAAUUACAAACGUUUGAGGAGCGCGCUGAGAUACCUUCAAUAUUCUUCUUUACAUUGCUAAAUCGUGUGCGUCAAACUGGGAUGUGCCAGCUCUCGUUCAGCGGUGGUGCUGACUUCACGAUCCCCCAGUUACGACAAUUGAUUUCAUUAUCAACCACUUUGAUCGUCGAUGGUGGUGGAGACAAUACCACCAUUAGCUCCUUUAUCAGUAACUCACCUGUCAAUCUCAUUGAACAGGUUGUGAACGCACUAGACGCCUGUUCCAGUUCGACAUCAUACCCGUCCCCUGUGCAAUCUUUAAUUCUUUGCAAUUCUCCUCUUCGAGCUUACUACGCAUCCCAACUAUCCACCCUAUUGCUACGCAGUCAUCGCAAUUCCAGUUUUUCACUCAUGUCCGUCGUGCUAGCCAAUGUACCACUCCUGCCUGCAUCCGUCGUGGACCUGGCGUGUUCGUUAGCUCAAAAUCCGGGCUGCUUACAACAAUUGGUUUUAGAGCGUUGUCAAAUAGGCAGCGCCGGCGCUGCUGCAUUAUUUGAAUCAUUAAACUAUAAUCGUGCACUAUGGAAACUUGACUUGAGCGGAAAUCAUAUUGCAGACGUUGCUUGCCCCGCUCUGGCCCGAGCACUGAUAAGUGGCAGUCAGCUACGCGUCCUGUCGCUAAGCAGUAAUUCUUUGUCGGAUCGCAUUAUUCAGGGAUGUUUAGCACCAGCAUUGGCCUUAAGUCAUUUGGAUACACUCGUGUUGCUUCAGAAUCCACGCGUAUCGUCUGCAGGUAUCGCUGCCCUGCGCCAGGCACGGCUCAACGUCAUCUCAGAUUAUAUGUAUCGAUAG